GUUGGUGGCCAGCAGGCAACUUAACUCGACAGUGUAUAUCUUGGAGUACGCUUACUAACAUCAAAAUGCAGAGGACACCUUCUGAGCAACAGUUAUCGUCGACGUUCGUCUCCGACGACCCUUACUACGGGGGUCAGAAUGCACACUCGGAAGAUCAUCAUGCCCCGUACAUACCAUACACAACGCCAACAAUUACACCCAACACGACUUCAGAAAAUAUGAUGGGGUUCCCUGGUCAACAAUUACUCCCAGCUCAGAUCUCUAAUAGCUCGCUUUACGUCGUAGGCGGCCGUGCCCACCCAGGGGCAAAUGCCGGUGUCCCAGGCGGCGUCUCCUUUACGACCGCUAUCUCGGACCCUUUUGAGUACCCGCUUUACCAGGCCGUCACGCCUGAAUCCAGAACGGUCGACAGCACUGAUGCGUAUCGUCACGGGUAUUCGCGCGGGUACGGGACUGUAGCGCCGAGCCGACCCGCGUCGUCGUCUUCGGCCGGGUCUGGUCGCGGGAAGCACAGGCACGCGUCCCGACCGAGGAGGCCGAGGAACCAGCAGGUAUUCUCACCCGGGAGCUCAUCCUCUACGUCGAACGCGAGCAAGUCAAGACUCCGCAGCGCGUCCCGCACGAGCAAGAAUACGCACCACAACCCGCCAGCGACAGUCGAGGAGCAAAAGACGCGCGAGACCCACAACCAAGUCGAGAAGCAGUACCGCAACAGGCUCAACGCGCACUUCGAAAGCCUCCUAGACGCCCUCCCAGAAACGAUGCAGGCAGGCGAGGGCGAGGGCGGCGGCGAGGCGCUCGACCUGACAGAUCGCCGGGUGAGCAAGGCAGAGGUGCUCGACAUGGCCCGGCGACACAUCCAGGCCUUAGAACGCGAAUGCAGUGCGCUGGAAGAGGAGAGGGACGAGCUUCGGGAUAACAUGGACAAGCUGCGAUGGCUAUUCAGCCGAUUCGAAGGCACCGACGGUCUCGACGAGCGAACUGAAUUCAUGGACACGGGAACGCUGCAGUGAUAGCCCGGCUGAUAAAGGGGAUGAUGGGGAUAAGGAUACACGAUUUACGGCGGUCUAGGUUCUAUUCAUGUACCAAUAUUAGAACGGCUCCGGCGUUUCGAGGAUUCGUUGACAGUCAGGCACUUCAACCGGAUUCCGAGUCUGUUUUUGUUUUCCUCUUCGGGCUGUUCCUAGUUGUGGCCGGGAGGUGUCAGUGGUCGACGAACUUAAGG